GGUAUAUUUUAUCUGGUCACACUUCUUACAAUUUAUAAUAUUUGUUAUUAAAAAAAAUCAACAACAUCAACAACAAAAUCCAUCAUGUCCGAGGAGCAAUUCUUCGAGAUAGAAGCGCUCGAGUGUGUAUCCGACGAUGAGGUGGAAUCAUUCAUAAACAUCGAACCUAAAGAACGGGAACAGGAAGAUAGGUCGGUGAAUAAAACCAAACGACUCGCUUGCAUGAUUGAUGGCUGCAACUAUACGACGGACAGGAGACGGGACCUUCGUCGUCACCGUCGUUCCAGGAAGCACAUCCAUGCCAUGGCGAAUAUAGCAGAUUCAGACUCCGAUUUUGAGAGACCUUUGUACAAAUGCUUCCUGUGCUCGUAUACAACUGCCAAAAAAUUCUGUUUUUUGAGGCACAACAAGUCGACGAAACAUCGCCGUAGGGAGCAGGCACUAGGCGAUCCAUUGCUAAAAAAAAAUAAAGUGCCGGUGCGCCGUGAUUGUGACUCGACUUCAUCGCAGGAAUCCGAUGGAAACAUUUACACCUGUGCCGCUUGCGAAUUCACAACAUCCCGCAAAAAAUCUUUUAUGCUGCACAAGACGACAGAAAAGCAUCGAUAUAUUAUGGAAAUCUUGAGGCGGAACAAUAAAAUCAUCACAUCAGGACCCAUGACGGAUGGUGAAGGCGUAGAAUUCACCCCGCCUGAAUCUGAGGAUGAAUCUGAUGAUAAAUUGAACAAUUACGACCGCGGGAUAUUUGACUGCGACCUUUGCGAAUACAAAACCAACUCCCGAUACAGCUUUCUCCGCCACAAGAAGUCGAAAAAACACUGUGCUAGAGUUCAGGAAAUGGAGCAAAUGGAAGAAAAGUCAGACAGUUUGCCGGAUGCAGAUGCAGACAGUACACAGGCAGUGGAAAUUGUCUUGCCUUGCGAGGAGUACGAGGAGGCCAUUGAAUACGAGCCGGAGGUGCAUGAGGAAGUGGUGCAUGAGAGCCUGGAAUUCCAGGAGAUAAUUUAUUUGCCCGAAGAGGAAACGGGGGAGGAGCAGCACUACUUCAUAGUGCUGAGCAACGACUAGCAGAGUGCUGGCACAUUGCACAGCACUGUUUCUGCGCAGGUUUAACGCGCACGCACUGGGAACUUUGUUUAACGUUUUUUAUGUUUUUCUCUGCACACAACUUGUAAAUUAAGCACAAAAAAAAAUAAAUAGAGCAUUGAAUUAUG